AUGGAUCCGGCAGAUGCGCGCCGCUUCUAUGAUGGCAUCACGGUCGUGUAUGCGGAGGAGAAGGUUGACGGGGCCAAUCUCGGCCUGUCACUCACUGCGGCGUAUGAGAUCAGGGUGCAAAAUCGUUCGCACUACGUCAACGAGCGGACACACGCGCAGUUCAAAGCGCUCGGCCGUUGGUUGGAUGAGCACGGCUGGGCGCUCUGUCGCCUUCUCGAGCCGGAGGUAGAAAUUCUCUUUGGAGAGUGGUGUGCCGCAAAGCACUCGUGCGCGUACACGAAGCUCCCCGGUCUCUUUUUGGCCUUCGACCUCUACAACAAGCGGAGCGGCAAGUUCGCCUCUGUCGCCGAGCGCGACCGCCGACUCUCUGGCUUGGGCAUCCCCAUCGUACGCACCCUCGCGUGCAGAGCCUUUGCUGGCGAGGAGGAGCUGCUGCAGCUGCUGGAGAGCACCGGAUCCUAUCUGCGCAUCGACGGCGCGACGGAGAACCGUCUGCGCGGCAAGCUUGUCCGGCCGGACUUCAUCCAGGGGAUAGGCGACCACUGGGCCAGUGGCGGGUUCGCGCGGAACGGCGUCCGCCCCGAUUUGUGGGUUGAGAAGGAGUAA